AUGACUCCUCUGAAUGACACCGGGACUCGGAUGCAUGCAGACACCUCCCUGUUCCCUGUUGGGAUGUACAAACGUCUCACCUUUACUAUCGGAACCAUUGGUGUGCUGGGUUUCUGCAACAAUCUGCUUGUCCUCACACUUUACUACAAGUUUAAGAGGCUGCGGACGCCUACCAGCUUACUUCUGGUGAACAUCAGUGUGAGCGACCUGCUGGUGUCUGUGUUCGGGACCAAUUUCACCUUGGUCUCGUGUUUGGAGCGAGGAUGGGUGUGGGACACCACCACAUGUGUGUGGGACGGAUUCAGCAACAGUCUGUUCGGUAUCGUGUCCAUCAUGACCCUAUGUGUCAUGGCAUAUGAACGCUACAUUCGAGUGGUACAUGCCAAGGUCAUAGACUUCCACUGGACCUGGAGAUCCAUCACCUUCAUCUGGCUCUACUCACUUGCAUGGACUGGUGCUCCUCUCCUGGGCUGGAACAGGUACACCCUGGAGAUCCACCAACUGGGCUGCUCUUUGGACUGGGCCUCUAAAGACCCCAAUGAUGCCUCCUUCAUACUUUUCUUCCUCCUUGCCUGCUUCUUUGUUCCAGUGGGGGUUAUGGUCUACUGCUAUGGAAAUAUUAUGUACACAGUGCAUAUGCUGCACUCCAUUGAGGAUCUGCAGACAGUGCAAAUCAUUAAGGUCCUACGCUAUGAGAAGAAGUUGACUACCAUGUUCCUGCUAAUGAGUUUCUGUUAUCUUCUGUGCUGGACACCCUAUGCUGUGGUAUCCAUGCUGGCAGCUUUUGGCAAGCAAAAUGCCAUCUCACCCACAGUUGCCAUCAUCCCCUCAUUUUUUGCCAAGUCAAGCACAGCUUACAACUCAAUUAUAUAUGGCUUCAUGAGCAGGAAGUUUCGGCAUUGCAUGUUGCAACUGCUGUGCUCCUGCCUGGCCCACCUGCAGUGCAGCAUUAAGGACCACCCCCUGACUUGCUGCAACCAAUCAGUACGCUCCGUCGUGAUGUCACAGAGUCGUGACAACAGGCCAAAGAAAAGGGUGACCUUCAACUCCUCUUCGAUUGUUUUUAUCAUUGCCAGCAAUGACACGGACCCUCUGGACAUCAACGACAAAUGUAGAGAGUCAUCAGAGAUCAGUGUGAUUCAAGUCCGACCCCUCUGA